CGUCUUAACGCGUUUCACGUUCACCCCUCGACCACUAUCUUUAGUCAAUCUUCCAGUCCCAUCACUGCAACAACCAGCUACGGCAACUUCGAAUUCAUAGGCGCUCUGAAAUUGAUCACGACGACAAUUGUUGUCGAUUAAUCAAAAUGCCCCAUUCUGUCGAAGAAGAAGCCAUGUCAUCCCCAAGCAACGUUAAGGACGAGCCUACGGAGGAGACAGGAAUCUCUGAUGAGGCUCCUAAUGCGACUGAGGCAGAUGUUAAGAUGAACGAGACAGAAGACGUCAAAAAGGAAGCCAAGCAACUCGAGGAUCUAUUCGACGAUGUCGACUCGGAUGAGGAGUUUCCCAGUUCUGCGGCUGUUCAGCCAAGCUCCCAAGUUGCACCGCUUUUCGAUGCUAUGACAUUGACAGCCUCAGAUCCUGAGGUCAUGCGAAGCUUCUAUCAGCGAUUAUUCCCAUGGCGAUACCUAUUUCAGUGGCUCAAUCACAGUCCAACCCCAACAAACGACUUCGGCAACCGAGAGUUCGCUUUCACUCUCCAGAACGACGCCUACCUCCGAUACCAAUCCUUCCCUACUGCCGAUAUGCUCCGUAAGGACGUUCUCCGAUUAAUGCCAUCUCGUUUCGAAAUCGGACCAGUGUACACCACCAAUCCCCGUGACCGAAAGCAACUCCGCAACUCAUCCGCCUUCAAGCCCCUCGCGAAAGAGCUAUGUUUCGAUAUAGAUUUGACAGAUUACGAUGAUAUUCGAACAUGCUGUGACAAGGCCAACAUCUGCAACAAGUGUUGGCAGUUCAUGACAAUGGCUAUUAAAGUGGUAGAUGUUGCGCUGAGGGAAGACUUUGGCUUCAAGCACAUCAUGUGGGUGUACUCGGGACGACGAGGUGCUCACGCCUGGGUUUGCGAUAAGAAGGUUCGAAGCAUGGACGAUCAGAAGAGAAGAGCAAUUGCAGGCUAUCUUGAGGUGGUCAAGGGAGGUGCACAGAGCGGAAAGAAGGUGAAUGUGAGGAGGCCAUUACAUCCUCAUUUGGCACGAAGUCUGGAAAUCCUGAAAACUCAUUUCCAAGAAGACGUUCUUGAUGUCCAAGACCCAUGGGCUUCUGCUGAGCAAUCCGAGAAGCUGUUGCAGCUUCUCCCAAACCAGAAUCUCAACGAAUCACUCAGAAGGAAAUGGGAUGCCGCUCCAGGACGUGCAUCUGCCUCAAAAUGGGCAGACAUUGACGCUGUGGCAAAGGCAGGCGCCAGCAAAAACCUCGACGCCAGACAGCUCCUUGAAGCCAAGCAAGACAUCGUCUUAGAAUACACCUACCCCCGACUGGAUAUUGAAGUCAGCAAGAAACUUAACCAUUUGCUGAAGAGUCCUUUUGUCGUGCAUCCUGGUACUGGCCGAGUUUGUGUGCCCAUUAACACAAAGAAUCUUGAGGACUUUGAUCCUCUAAGUGUGCCUACAGUGCAGGAACUUCUGGCCGAGAUCGACUCCUGGAAGGGGGAGGAGGAGGAGGAUGGCAAAGGCACAGCUGACUGGGAAAAGACAAGCCUGAAGCCAUAUAUCGAGCAGUUCAGACAUUUUGUCAAUGGAUUGAUGAAAGAUGAGAAGGAUGUCAAGGUCAAGCGGGAGCGGGAGGAUGAAACCAUGGACUUUUAGAUGCGAGAUGAGAUGGAACAGACUUAUGAACAGUAUAUUUGGUAUUUACUUUUGGAACUGGCUGGCGCAGUAAGGCACUAAUACAGAUAUUUCUACUUUGAGGGAGCUUCGACUUCAGGGGUACUCGUUUGAGGGGUGGUCUCUUCAGCAUCAGGGUCCUUGAUCUCUUGAUCCUCCUCCUCGGGCUCCUCGACCCCUUGCCUCUCAGCUACUUCGGCCUCACCUGAUUCACCCCUCUGGUCUCUCAAAUGACCGCCCUUGCGCUUAGGGAUGACACUCAUAAACGCAUCGCCCCAGUUCUCAUACUCGAGCCACUUGAGCAUGAUCUCGACGACGUGGUUUGUUGCUAGAACCGUCCGGCUCUGCAUCACCAUGUACUGGCCGAUAGGCAGCCGAGCCGUUCGGAUGCCACGUUCCCUUGCUCGUUUGUAGCACAGCCCCUUCUCGCGGUUCUUGUCGACGAGGCCGCCGAUGACAUAGCUUGUGUUGGGUUCGAGGCGUUCGAGUGUGUACGGUGAGUCUGAUGACAGGUAAACGAUGUCCUGGUACUCGGGAGCGGGCUCAGGCUCGGGAUCAGGCAAGGGGAGAGGGUCUUUUUCGUCUCUCACCCAAGGGAUUCUGUUGUCCAAGCUCCUCUGAAGUUGAUCGAUCACACGAUCACUCGGAUCCCUCAUCCUCUCCCGAGCCUGCUUCGCACACUCGAUGAAAUCUCCGUCCACAAAGUCAAUACCCUUCCAAUUCUUGUGUUUGUCAUCAAGGAUCUGGUGGAACCGCUCAGCCAGUUUCCCAUUCCAGUCCGAGACGAAGAUGUGUGUACGAUAUCUCGCAUUUUUGUUCUCCGAGUAUGACCUGGUAAUUUGGCUGCCGAGCGAGAUGAGCUCCUUCUCGCGCAUGUACUGCUCAAAAUCACAAUCGAAGAUGAGUGUGACAGGCACAUUGACUGAAGGAGGUUUCUGCUGCCUAUUGGCAUUUGGAUCGAUGCCCUGAGCGAUAAGUGCUGCUCUUUCUUCACGCUUGCGGACUUUGCGUGCGACUCGACUAUCCUUUCGCUUCUGCUUGCGCUCCUCUUUUCCGGCUUCCCAUUGCUGCUGUCUUCUCAAACGCUUGAGAGCGUUCUUGGACAUAGGCUCGGCGGCUUCGUCAUCCGCAGGCCGUUUUUGAGGAACAGUUGAGCCCUCUGCAAGAGGCACAUUUACUGUUGGCUUUGUGUGAGAGUCGGCGGUGACUGUUUGCUCACCAUGUCCAGUGUUGGCUGAGUUUUCUGGUAGUGAGGGGGUCUCCUGAUGAGGUUGACCUUUCUCUCCUUCACUUAUUGCUGGCUCCAUCCUGGGAGAAACAAUCCUUCCGGUCCUAUCAAUACAGAAAACCAAUGUUUGGCGAAUU